AAAAUUAUAUAAUUCAUUAAAUUAAAUGAACCAUUUUUUUAUUCUCGGAAAUCUUUUUAAAGUUUUAAAGUAAUAUAUCCUCAAUGAAUAUAUACCUGACAGUAUUUAUCUGAUUAUAAUGUCAUUUAUUAGAAUAGUAUUUUUAAAAUCAAGUAAAUUAAGUUUCUUUGCUAAAAACGUUCAACUUACUCAAAAAAAUCGUUUUUUAUUUGAUAGUGAAUAUUUGCGUCGUUAUUCUGUCAAAUCUGAUAUUUAUGAAAUAUCAAAUAACGAGGGCACUUCAUUGAAGCUAUUUGAAGAUAUUGAUUAUGACAAAAUUACAAAUGGAAAUGACGAAAAAUUAUCAAACCUUAAGCGUCUAAUUCUUGAAAUUGAUUUACUAUAUGAGAAAGGUGAACAAAUACCCAGUAAAUUAAAAACUGAUCAAUGGAUGACUUUGUUGGAUUUAAAUUCACGUUCCUCGCGUAUGAAACAUUUAAGAUACUUGUUUUUAAUUGAAAAAAAAAAGGAAAAUAGAAUUUUAAAAAAGCUAGAGCAGAGGGCUGAAAGAUUGGAGCGAUAUGAAAAUAUGCCUAAAAAUGAUCAUAUAGAAUAUGGACUGAUGAGAAAUACUAUGUUUCAUAGAAUAUAUGAAACUCAAAUGAAUUCUUUUUAUAAUUAUCGCUUAUGUGAAUCAAUGUUAUAUGGCCAAAAUAUUAUAAUUGACUGUAGUUAUGAUGGACAUAUGUCAAUCAAAGAACAAGCAAAUUGUGCUAAGCAAUUAUUAUUGAUGUGGUCUUCUAACCGUAUUCAUAAAGAUCCUUUUAAUAUUACAUUUUGUAAUGUUAACAAAGAAGGAAGGGUUUUCAAACAUUUAAGUAAAACAUUACCUACCAUGGAUCAUCCAACAUUUCCAUUUAAUUAUACCAAUAAAUCUUAUUUGGAUCUUUUUCCAAGAAAUAAAUUAGUUUACCUAACACCACAUUGUAAUGAAAUAUUAGAUAAAUUUAAUUAUGAUGACAUUUAUAUUAUUGGUGCAAUGGUUGACAAAAUGAAAGAAGAGCCAUUAUCACUUGCUAAAGCAAAAAGAGAUAAAGUAAGAAUGGCAAAGUUACCUUUGGACAUACAUCUAGACUGGAAACAAGGAUCCAAAAAUUUAACUAUAAAUCAAAUGGUAAUGAUCAUGGCAGAUCUUAAAAUUGAUAAUAAUUGGUUAAAUGCUUUACUACAUAUACCAAGAAGAAAAAUUUUAGAAGUAGACGCUUAUCAAAGAAGACAUUUGAACAAUGAUAACAGACUUACAGCUAAACAUAUUCGAGAAAAAUUCAGAAAAAAUUCUAUAUACGAUUUAUUAAUUAAAAAAAGAUAGUACUCGAAAUAGAAUAUAAUUAUGAGCAAUGCUUAAAGUUGGUUGAAUUUUUAUUAUCAAAUUAUCACUAUUGAAUGAACAAUGAGUAAUCAAGAUUUAUUAUUUCUAUUUGAAAUAUUUCAAAGAAUUGAAUUUAUCACAGGCAAAAAAUAAAAAUGCGUAUUAUUUUAUAAAAAAAAUUCA